AUGGCGCUAACGCAUCCCACUCCCUGUUCGCCGGACGUCGUGGCACCUCCCAUACCUCCACCUUCACCCUGCUAUGAGAGCUUCGGACGUCAACUGAGGAACGACUAUAUUAUUGGCAUCGGCAUUCAGCCCAUGUCCGAUUGGAACAGGGAGGGGGGAUGUAUCGCAGACCCUUCUGGACCUGGCCAGGAAGAUGAGGAACUCUCCGACAGCGAUAGGUCAUCUUUCGAAGGCUCAUCUGUCUUUAGCGACCUCUCAUCCAAUGUUGACGGUCGUUCUAUCUACACGGUGUUCUCUGAAGACGAAGAUUAUGCAGAGAUCGAGAGGAUCGCCUUUCACGUGCAAGUCGAGACCCAGGUUUUCGAGCGGGAUGGAGUGAUUCCUGGCAGUGAGGUGCCCUCCAGCGAUAAGCAUUCGCACGCGGCCGAGGAGCUCAUUGACGCUUUAUACACCCUUGUACGACUCUCCAUCGAAGCCCAUAGUACGGUCGACCUUGAUACAAUAAUCGGAAAUAUCCUUCAGGUACCCAGCAUCACACCCCUGAACGAUAGGUCAUGGGAGAUCCUUUAUCCGGAAUGCCUACCUCCCAACUUUGCAGAACAGACUCCAUAA